AGACCCAGAAGAUCCUCCGACCCGCGGAAAGACAGGUGAUGAACAUGGUCUCCUCGCGCCUCCGCUGCCUCCUCCUGCUCCUCCUCUCCCUCACCGCCUCCAUCAGCUGCUCCUCCACCGCUCAGAGGGACGGCAAACUCCACCUGCUGCUCCACCGGACCCCGCUGCUGAGUUCCAAACAGGACAUGUCUCGAGCCUCGCUGGUGGAGCUACUCCUGUCAGACCUCCUCCAGGUGCAGAACGAGGCCCUGGAGGAAGAGAACCUCGCUCCGGCUGGAGGAGAACCCGAAGAGGUCCACUUGGACCUGGAGCGGGCCGCCGACGCCGGGCCGCUGCUCGGUCCCCGGGAGAGGAAGGCCGGCUGCAAGAACUUCUUCUGGAAGACCUUCACCUCCUGCUGAGCGCCGCCUCGUCCUCUUGUACAGAAGCUGAGUGGAUCCGACUCUUUUCUGAUUCUGUCUGAAUCUAACGUUGAAAUUAUUUUUCAUUGUCUGUUUGAAUAAAAUCAGUUUGAGACAAA